AUGAUCUCCAAGAUUUGCUUGCAACCCUUCCUAGUGAGAAAAAUUGGGAUGGAGCUCCCCUUUAUUUCUACAAAGGGGUCUGGUAUCCUGUUUUUGGCCAUUAGAGGAGCUCUUUCCUUUCAACGACAUUUCAUUGCACAAGACACGGAUAUAAUACUAGGAAGCAUGCCAAAAUCAGGCACGACUUGGUUGAAAGCUAUCACGUUUUCUGUUGUAAACCGCAACAUUUACAGUCCAAAAGAGAGUCCCUUACUUACUACCCCACCUCAUGAACUCGUGCGCUCCUUUGAGAUGGAUCUUUACUCAAAAAUCCAGCUCCCAGAUAUCGAAAAACUUCCUUCCCCAAGAAUUUUCUUUACUCAAAAAUCCAGCUCCCAGAUAUCGAAAAACUUCCCCAAGAAUUUUCAGAACCCUUUGGAUCAACUUGUCUCUUAUUUUCAUUUUGCUCGCAAGUUCAAAAGAGAGAAUGUCGAGCCUUUAUCAUCAAUUGAUGAAGGUUUCGAUAACGUUUGUCGUGGUGUCCAGAGUCAUGGACCCUUUUGGGAUAGUGUGUUGGGGUAUUGGAAAGCAAGCAUAGAAAGGCCGGACAAGGUGCUGUUUUUGAAAUAUGAAGAUUUGAAAGAGGAUAUAUCCUUUAAUUUGAAGAAACUGGGAGAGUUCUUGGGAUUCCCUUUCUCUGAGAAAGAGAAAGAAGGGGUAAUUGAAGAAAUACCAAAGCUGUGCAGCUUUGAUAAUCCCAAGGAUUUGGAGGUGAACAAAACUGGUGUCUUUGAAAGUUCUGGAGCUCCAAACAGUACCUUCUUUAGGAAAGCAAAGCUUGACGAACUAGCUAAAAAUGGAAGGGUGGAUCCAUUGGUGCUGGAAGAUGACUGUAUAUUUCAUGUUAUGGUUUCUAUUGUUCUCAUAGACGUUUUCCCCACUGGUGAUUUUUGGAUAUGGUCGUCCAAUUGGGAUUCAUAUGGUUCUCAGAGACUUCUUCUUAAUGCUUUCGCACACUACGGAGAUACAAGCAUAAUAGGAUACCUUUCAUUGGCUCGUCCUAUGUUUCUCUUAUCUCUUGGUUACAGUAGUCUGAUCUGCGGUAGUGGCACAAAUAGGGAGCGGAGAGUUGAUGAAGGGACAAAACCCGAGCAGGAUGAGGAUGUAGGAGUUGAAGAAGAUCAGGAAGAGAAAGUUGCUGAAGAGCACCAUGGUCUACUGAAAUCUGGUGAUAGUGAUGAGGAUGGAGAUAUAUAG